AUGAGUUCUUUAGCUGCUCGAAACAUAUAUUCGUAUUCGAAUUCGCUAUUUGCAAAGAACAGUCAUUCAUUUAAUGCUCUAUUCAGACGCCAAAAGCAUUUUAAUUCAGUGGCCAUUAUCAAUAACCAUAAGAAGAACUUGUUGAUUGAGAACAAAAAAGUUGUCAGAACCACGAUUAAACCAAUAGACUCGAGAAAGACAUUUUUAAUUGAUUUCUACAAGGACAUACUAGACAACAAUUCUAUUAUUUUAUUUUUGCAUCAUAACAAUUUGACCAAAACUGAAAAUUUCAAUUUGCGAAGCAGGUUUAUUGACAUUUUAUCUAAAGAUGGGAAGCAGGAAAUCGGAUCGUUUCAUAUAAUUCGAAAUAAAUUAUUUCGGGUGUUGUUGAGAAACUAUUACGAUAACGAUCCAGCAUCUAUUGAUGCGAAGAGCGAGGAAGUUGAAAAACUUGAUACCGAGAAAUUUAAUAAGUUUUUGGACAACGAAAAAUUAGUUAACAAAUUAUUACCGAUUUUGAAUGGGCCUACAGCUGUGUUGACUAUUAAGGAGACCAAUCCAAUGAUAUUGAAAAAAUUGAUCACUAUAUUGAACAGUACAAAUGAAAAAUUGAUUCUUAUGGCAGCCAAAGUUGAAAAUUCGAUAUUUGAUUUGGACGAUAUAAACCAGUUUAAGAAUCUACCUUCAAAGGAAAAUCUACAGUCUCAAUUGGUGGGAUUAUUGACCAUUCUAAGUGGUGCAGGGUUGGUCAGAACAUUGGAGGCUACUACUCAGUCAUUAUAUCUUCAUUUAAAGAGUCACGAGGAUAACAUCAACCCCAAUAAAGCAGACUCUAACACAGAGGAAACAAGUCAAGAGAAACAAUAA